GGGAUAAUCGGGUGCAGAACAGACACUUUCCAGGUAACUUCCUUUCCUCUACUGACCUUUAGCCCAUCAUGUCGAUGCAUUUCGAGCGCCCUCAAACCUCACAAUCCGAUUCUACCAACGGAGUUCCUGGCCAGCCAUCCCCAAUGGAGACUCAGACCAAGGCCACCGACCAUCCGUGUGUGAUUGGAAUGGCAUGCAGAGUCCCCGGCGCCUCGUCUCCAUCGAAGCUAUGGGACAACCUGAUCAACAAAGUCGAUCUACAACGCAAGAUGCCCGCGGAUCGAUUCAAUGUCGAUGCCUUCUAUCAUCCCGAUGGAACGCAUAAAGGCUCGACCAACGCCAAGUAUGGUUACUUCCUUGAUCAAGAUGUCGGGCUGUUCGACGCCGGCUUCUUCAACAUCUCCGGCAAGGAAGCAACAGCCAUGGACCCUCAGCAGCGUCUGCUGCUGGAAGUUGUCUAUGAAGCCCUAGAAAACGCUGGAAUCACAUUGGACGAGAUUCAGGGCUCGCAAACAUCCGUGUACUGCGGCUGCUUCACCAACGACUACAACGCCAUGACCACCAAGGACCUGGAGUAUUAUCCCAAGUACACGGUCACUGGCACCGGAAACUCGAUUCUGGCCAACCGCAUCUCGUACUUCUACGAUCUCCACGGCCCCAGUGCCACCAUUGACACGGCCUGCUCCUCCUCGCUGGUCUGUUUCCACAUGGGAGCUCAGUCCCUUCGAGCCGGCGAGGCCGACCUUUCGAUUGUUGUGGGUUCUGCGCUGCAUUUUGAUCCCAACAUCUUCAUCACGAUGACCGACUUGGGAAUGCUUUCUACCGAUGGUCGCUGCCGCCACGGCGACGCUUCGGGCAGCGGCUACGUUCGCGGCGAGGGAAUCACCGCCAUGAUUCUGAAACGCCAGCGACAAGCGGAAAGCAGCGGCGACUCCAUUCGCGCAGUUGUGCGUGGAACUGGAGUCAACCACGACGGUCGCAAACAGGGGAUCACUCUCCCAUCUGCACAGGCCCAGGCGGCACUCAUUCGCAGCACGUAUCAGAAUGCCGGGCUGGAUCCGGCAGACACUACCUACGUUGAGUGCCAUGGUACCGGCACCAAAGCCGGAGAUCCUCGAGAGCUGAGAGCCAUCAGCGAAGUGUUCUCGUCCGGGCGCGAAAGGCCGUUGUUUGUCGGCUCGAUAAAAACCAAUAUCGGCCACCUUGAGGGUGCUUCGGGGGUGGCAGGUCUGAUUAAAUCCACUCUGGCUCUCGAAAAGAAGACGAUUCCCCCCAAUAUGCAUUUCCACGCCCCCAACCCGGACGUUGACUUUGACCAAUGGAAGCUCGAAAUCCCGACGAACCCGACCGAUUGGAAAAUAAAGAGCAGCGAAGCCCCCCGCCGUGUAUCAAUCAAUUCGUUCGGUUACGGGGGAACGAACGCUCAUGUUAUAUUGGAAGAAUACAAAUCGACCAAUUCCCUUCCAUGCACAGCCGACGUACCGGCCGACUUUGCCAACAUGACGCGAAACAGACCUUACCUCGUUCCAUUGUCCUCGCACUCCGAGAAAGCAGGAAAGCUCAUGGCAAACAAACUCCAAUCAUAUCUUCAGGACAAUGUGAAGGUGAGCCCAGCCGAGUUUGCCAUGGGUCUCUCUCAGCGUCGAACGAUGCAUCGGUUCCGAUCAUUCGCCAUUGGAUCUAGUGCAGAAACCUUGAUCGGCAACUUAGAGGAGCCAGUUCCAGCGGCUCAAUGGAAAAGCAAACUGGAGACUGCCCCUCGAGUUGGAUUUGUAUUUACUGGCCAAGGCGCCCAGUGGUUUGGGAUGGGACGGGCUCUGAUAGAACAAUGCCCUCUCUAUCUCCAGACUCUGCAGAAGUGCGACCAGAUCCUACAGUCGCUUUGUGAGCACCGACCGACAUGGUCGAUUGUCACAGAGCUUCUGCGAACUAAGGAGGACACCAAGCUGAGCCAGACGGAGUAUUCCCAACCCAUUUGCACUGCCGUCCAGCUGGCGCUGGUAGACGUUCUAGCCCAGUGGGGAAUCAAGCCCGCUAGUGUGGUCGGUCACAGCAGUGGAGAGCUUGCUGCCACUUAUGCUGCUGGCAUCCUCUCGUUCGAGAACGCUUUAAUUGCUGCCUACUACCGUGGUGUGCACAUGGGCGGAGGCGCCGCCGCACCCGAUAGCAUUCCUGGAGCCAUGAUGGCCGUGGGAAUGACCGAGGCUGAAGUCAACACCGAGCUGGAGCCUUAUGCCGGGCGCGUCGCAGUUGCCGCCAUGAAUAGUCCGUCCAGCUUCACCCUUUCUGGUGAUAGCGAUGCAAUUGCGGAGCUACAUGAGAAGCUCAGUGAAAGAAAGGUUUUUGCCAGGCGGUUGCAGGUCGCUCAGGCUUUCCACAGUCAUCAUAUGUAUCCCCUUGCCCCGGGUUACGAACAGGCUCUGUCGAAGUACUCGGGGUUCAAGGCGAACAAGUCGGCAUGUGCGUCAAUGGUGUCCAGUGUGACCGGUAGAAAAGCAGAUCCCAGCACUAUGGGCCCAGAAUACUUUGCGGCAAACAUGACUGGAAUGGUAAAGUUUUCCGAUGCUCUGACGGAGACCGUUCUCGAUGAGGAAGACCAGCAGAAUGUCGAUAUCCUGAUCGAAGUUGGCCCUCACCCGGCACUCAAGGGGCCUUCCAACCAGACGAUCGAUCAGCUGAAAAUGAAAAUCCCGUAUAUCGGAACAUUGGACCGCAAGCAAGACGCCUACGAGAGCCUUCUUGCCACUGCCGGUCAACUGUUUGCUCUUGGCUACCCUGUGCUUCUAGAAGAGGUCAACCGGAACCAAUUCAUUGAUUCUUCUUCUGGGAAUCUCGUCAGCCCCAAUGUUCCCCAAGUAUCUCUCGAAUUGCCGAGUUAUGCAUGGGACCAUGAGCGAUACUGGGGAGAGACGCGUGUUAUCAAAGAGCAUCGUCUGCGUCCCUUCCGACACAGCAUCCUCGGCGCACCAGUGCCAGGUUCUCUCGCCAAUCGCCCCCGGUGGCGGAACUUCCUGCGAAUUUCUGAGAUGCCUUGGCUGCGCGAUCAUUCCAUCGACGGGAAAGUAGUUUUUCCCGGCGCAGGAUACAUCAACAUGGCUAUGGAGGCUGUGGCUCGCUUGGGCUAUGGUUCCACAAGUGGCAUUAAGGCAAUUUCGCUAGCAGAUAUUUCAGUGAAAUCGGCCCUUGUGGUGAGCGACCAUGAGGUAGGAACUGAGGUGAUCGUGGAACUGUCGCCCGUUGUGGAGUCCGCAAAGACCUCGUCGUCCACGUGGAAUAACUUUGUUAUUUUCUCGAUCGAUGAGUCUGGCAAUCAGCGUGAGCACUGCACUGGAACGGUCAAAGCAGAGCUAGGGGACCCAGAGGCUCUCCCCUCUGGCUCUAACUCCAAGGCGGAGGUGCAGACCUUCCGUUGCGUUGGGCGCGAGCAAUACUACCAUCGUCUGCACUCGAUGGGACUUCAAUACGGCAAGACGUUUCAACUUCUAUCCGGUAGCAUCGACAGCGGCCUUGGAAACGCUACUGCGCCAAUCUCCUGGCAGCCGGACUUGUUCUCUCCAGAGGAUAGUGAUCUCUGCAUUGUCCACCCCGCCUUCCUAGAUGCUGCAUUCCAUCCUGUAUUUGCAUCCAUCGAGGGCAAGCUGGGUCGGACGCUCAAGGAGCCAUACGUCCCAACCUUUGUGCGCUCCAUGAAGGUCUCCGGGCUUCUGGAACAGCGGAAAGGUUCGUCGAGUUUCGAAGGCCAAGUGUCGGUUGAGACAAACGUCGCCGGACCCAGGACAGCAUCAAACGACCUCCGAAUUCAAGACCAGGACGGGCAGAUGUUAAUUGAAAUUCAAGGCCUCGAACUGACUAACCUUGGUGCAAAUUCAGCUGAUGAUGGACGCCGAUCUCUGUUCUUUGGGACAGAGUGGCAGCCCAUGCUCAGCUCUAUCCAGUUCAACGCACGCGAUAUCCCCAAAUUCCAGGACAUCCCGGCACUUGUCAAGCUCUAUGCCCAUCAAUUUCCAAACAAAACGAUAUUACAUCACACCCGUUCGGUUUCUUCCACAGAAGAGGUCCUGGGCAGUCUUCGAGGCACUUCUGGCGAGCGACGCAAUUUUGCCCAGCUAGUGAUCUCCCUUCAAGACUCCACCGUUGUAUCGACGUUUGAUGAAAUCGUCCAGCGUUGGAACGGUCUCGUCCGCGUGGCAACAAGCGAGGAUAUGGGAGAAGAGAAAUUUGAUUUGGUGGUUGUAUCAGAUACAACCGAAGGCUCCAUGCAUGACCGCGUAUCUGAUCAAGGAUAUAUGCUGGUGGAUAACUCUUCCGUGGAAAUUCCCGCCGGCUUCCGUUCUGUCGGAAACUGUGGAGACGUACAAGUUUGGCAGAAGAAACCAUAUGCCAAUGGAAUCCAUGCAAGACCUCUCACUAUCGUCAUGCCGACGCAGUCUUCGCCCGAAAUCGAGGCCUUUGCCGAGGCUAUCGAGGCCCAAGGGUCCUUCGAAACCGAGCGUUGCGACUUCCUUUCACUCGCCGAUUUAAAUCGCGAGCUUGCACAGAAUGUCAUUGUUUUAUCCAGCCUUGACUCUCAGUUGUACUUCCAUGCAAACGCUAGUGGUCAUGCCGAAUUCUAUGCCGCGCAGUCGCUGCUCACCAAAGGCACGGGUAAUAUCGUCUGGGUCACCCGGGGAGGUCUUAUGGACGUGACCUCGCCGGAGCAGGCGCUCAUCCUGGGCCUUGCUCGCUCGGCACGAAGUGAAAAUCCCGACCUCCGCCUUGUGGUAUUUGACAUCGCUCCCAAGUCCGGCCCAGCCCGUGCCGCCAGGCUGGCCUCCGAGCUGCUGGAUCCUUCUAUCGACGAGAACGAGAUUGCCGAGCGCGAUGGCACUCUGUACAUUCCCCGGGUAGUGUCUAAUGACCAGCUGAACGCCAAAAUCCCGAACGGAGUUGGGUCUGAAGCGACAAUCCAGCCGCUUUAUCAACCCAAUCGACCCCUGGCCCUCCGAAUUGGACGUCCUGGGUUGUUGGAAAGCUUGACAUUUGCGGAUGACGCGGAAAUUCAGAACGAGCCUCUCGGACCGAACGACCUUGAGAUCGAGGUUAAAUCCUCGGCCAUCAAUUUCCGCGAUAUCGCUGCCAGCAUGGGUAUCAUUGAUGACUUCAAGCUUGGUGACGAAUGCGCGGGUAUUGUGAUACGCAAGGGAAGCGAUGUCUCCGAAGCAUUUUCCAUUGGAGACCGCGUCGUUGCCUGGCGUCCGGGACAAGGAGCUCAUCGAACAGUGGUGCGUAAUCCGGCCUGUCUCUGCUAUCGUCUUGGUGAGAUACCAUUCAGCAUCGCCGCUGCGAUCCCCUUGAUUCUCACCACAGCUCAUUACUCGCUGGUCGACACUGCGCGUCUUCAACCUGGAGAAACUGUUCUUAUUCACUCUGCAGCCGGAGGAGUCGGCCAAAUGGCAAUUCAAAUUGCACAGAACAUUGGGGCAGAGAUCAUCGCCACCGUGGGAUCUCCUUCAAAGCGUGAACUGCUUAUAGACAGAUACGGUCUCAAGGAGUCCCAGAUUCUUUCCUCCCGAGACGACUCCUUCGUUCAAGGCGUUCAUCGUUUGACCAAUGGCAAGGGUGUGGAUGUCGCUCUUAAUUCUCUGGCCGGUCCUCUCUUGCAUGCCACCUGGCUAUCACUGGCCCCAUUUGGGAGAUUCGUGGAGAUCGGCAAACGCGAUAUCCACCAGAACAGUCGGAUCCCAAUGGAUCCUUUCCGACGCAAUGUCUCCUUCGCGAGUGUAGACAUGAUCACAGUGUUCGAGAAAAACCAAUCACUGGGAGCCCGAGUGUUCCAGGAGUGCUGUGGUUUGGUCCAUGACGGCAAGAUCCAGCCACCAGAGCCCAUCACGGAGCUGUCCUACUCCGACGCGCAGAAAGGAUUCCGCAUGUUGCAAAUGGGAACCACAAUUGGAAAGAUUGUUCUAGUCCCCAAACCGGAUGACCGCGUUCUUGUCGAGCCAACAAAAUUCAAUCGUCGCCAGCUAUUCCUGCCAGGCAAAACAUACUUGCUUGUCGGGGGUCUUGGUGGCCUAGGACGCCGCCUCAGCGAAUGGCUGUUCCAACGAGGAGCCCGCAAUGUGGCUUUCCUGGCUCGUUCUGGCGCUGACAAAAAGGAUGCUCGCGAAACAGUGGACUGGCUCCGGGCACGAGACGUCGAAGUGACCGUUUUUCGCGGCGAUGUCACCGAUGCUAGAUUUGUUCAAGAGGCCGUCAACCAAAUUGGAGCCACACGCUUGGCCGGGGUCUUCCAGGCGGCCAUGGUGUUGCAAGAUGGACCCCUGGAUAAAAUGGGCUUCACUCAAUGGCAACGAUGCAUUGAUCCAAAGGUCCGGGGCACCUUCAAUUUGCAUUCAGCGACAUCGGAUAUCGACCUCGACUUUUUCGUCUGCUUUUCUUCCGUGUCCGCCAUUCUCGGGUCCAAGGGUCAGGCCAAUUACUCUGCGGCCAAUACCUAUCUGGAUGCGCUCUGUGCCUACCGACGCAGCAUCGGGCUCGCAGGUACAACGAUGAACGUCGGGAUGAUCACCGGCAUUGGAGCGGUGUCUGAGGACGCCAAGCUGCAGACUAUCAUGGAGCGAAUCGGUUACGACGCCGUCAACGAAGAGGAGCUGUUCGCUCAAAUCGAGGCAGCUGUUUCGAGCGAGCGGCUCAGUAUUGCUGAUGACCAUGGAAGAGACGCACAUCAGAUCAUCACAGGUGUCAAUCUCCGUCGUCCCGACUACUAUUGGGCCACCGAGCCCCGUUUCCAAAACUUGUACGCCAACCACGAUUUCGCCGGUUCCGGAUCUGGGAGCGGAGCCCAAAAGAACCUGAUGGCGCAAUUGCAGGAGGCGUCGGAUGAAGCCUCCCGCACUGAGAUUCUAACGAUGUGCUUCUUGGAGAAAAUUGCAGCCGUCCUUUCGGUGGACCAGGCAACAUUGCAACCGAACCGAAGUCUUGCGGACUAUGGGCUCGACAGCAUCGUUGCCAUUGAAAUCCGCCAGUGGUUCUUCCAAACGGUCGCCGUCGAGAUAGCCAUGUUCGACGUCUUGAACAGUGGAAGCAUCCAGGCUCUAGUCGACAAGGUCGCCAAAAUGAUUGUCUUAGGCACAUCGGAGGUCCAAACUACCACCCAACAAGGGGAGUCUACUUCUUCUCACGUAUCGGAGGCCUCGCGUGCCACCUUACCCAAGAUUGUCGGCACAGCCAUCGAUGAACAGCAAUCGAGCGAAGACGUGGCCAUGUCCACAUUCCAGCGCCGUCUGUGGUUCGCGCAUAACAUGGCGGAAGACCCAUCUUUCCUGAACCUACCUACCGUCUUCCGCGUCAAAGGCAAGCCCCAACCAGAUCUUCUGCGACAGGCACUCGAGGAGCUUAAACGGCGGAACGACAUUUUACGGACGGCCUACUUUGAAGGAGAUAUUUUCUCUCAACAGGCAGUGACCGAUGAUUGCGCAGUCGACUUGCCUGUGCUAGACCUCUCCAACACCGUUGACCUCGAAGAGAGCCUCCAGCAACAAGUCUCUACUAUGAGGCAACAGGCACUUGAUAUUGAGUCCGGCCAGGUCAUGAAGGCUGCACUAGCCAAAUUGGCCGAUGCUGAGUAUGCGCUCGUUCUCAUAUUCCACCACAUCUGUAUCGACAGAGGCAGUAGCCAGUCAUUCCUCGAACAGAUCACCAGCCUAUAUGACAGCCUGCGCCGCGAAACGAAUCUCGAUGCUGUGUCAAGGCCUUCUGUCAGCUACGCGCAGUUCAGUCAAUGGCACAAUGCCCAACUUGGAUCCAAGGAGAUGGAGUCAAGCGUAGAGUUCUGGAGAAACGAGUACCGAGAGCCCCCGGCCCCGAUGAAAUUGCUCCCGUUUGCUCAGAUAACUCGGCCCGAGUUCAACGAUUAUCAGCGCCAGAUCCAUCGAGCAACGCUCAAGGAUACCCUGCAAACUCGAAUGAAGCGGAUUUGCGCGCGACUGGGGGUCACCCCGGCCCAGUUCUUAAUGGCUGCCUUCCGGGUCUUUCUCUACCGAUACGGACAGGAAGAUGUGCUGACGCUACACAUGGUCGACGGAAAUCGUCCUCAUCCAGCAGUGAACGAUACACUGGGCUUCUUUGUCAACGUGGUGCCUGUGCGCUGCGCGACAGAUCUCACCGGCACUUUUGACGACGUCCUCAAGCAAAUGAAAGAUCGCAUCAUGAAAUCGCUUGCUCAUUCGCAGCUGCCCUUCGACGCCAUUGUGGAUGCGGUGGGCCUUGAGCGGACCCCCGCACACUUCCCUCUGGGUCAGGUUAUCGUCAAUUAUCAGAUUCACGGCACCAUGCCGACCUAUUCUGCAGGUGACUUUGACAUUGUCGAUGUGCAGGGUGAAGACAUUCCGACCGCCUGUGAGCUUGGUCUAGAAGCACUGGAAGAUCCGGCGAAGGGGCUUCUCCUGCGCCUUGAAUCAUCUAGCAGUCUCUACGGAGCAGCCGAUAUGGAGCGAUUCCUCGAUAAUUUCGUGGCAUUCAUGAGUAGUGUCAUCCGCGAUCCCCGUCAACCAGUGGCGGAUAUCGACAUGGUCGGACCCAAGGAGUUUUGUUCUUUGAAGGAAAGAUUCUUCAACAUGACAUAUACGGAAAAUGAAUGGAACAACCAGUCCGUGACUGACCGUAUCGUGGACAUGGCCCGCGAACAUCCCACAGCCAUCGCCAUUGAAACGUCCGAGGGCGAUGAGCUCACCUACCGGGAACUACUUGUCGCUGCAGAGAGUAUCGCGACGGUCAUUCGCAAUGUCGGAGUCCCAAGCGGAUCGAGAGUUGGAGUCUUCAGCAGGCCCGGGCGUGAGACCAUCACUGCUAUGAUGGGUGUUCUGCUCGCCGGCUGUGGUUUCGUGGCCUUGGAUCCCGAGUUUGCCAGCGAACGACUCGCCUUCAUGAUCAGCGACUCGGGUAUCCCGUUGGUUCUCGCCGGUCCUGAGCUGGGAGAAAGUGCUAGGUCGCUUGCAUCCAGAGCCUCUGUGGCUGUGCUGGAUAUUGCCAGUAUACCAACCACCGGUGGUUCUGCUAACAUUUCGGUGCCUCUAGAAAAGAAUUCUCCUUUUUAUGUCAUCUAUACAUCGGGCAGCACUGGAACUCCAAAAGGAGUGGUCCUCAGCCAGUCGAAUACGCAACAAAUGCUGAGUACUCUUCACCAUGACUUCAAGUUCACCGCAAAAGACCGAUUCCUGCACCACUCUUCGAUCUCGUUUGAUUUAUCCAUCGUGCAGAUCUUCUCGGCCCUGACGGCCGGAGCUCGUGUAUGCGUGGCGUCCAGCACCAUUCGCAAGGACCCGGUGGCUUUGGCCGCAUACAUGGAAGCAUCGCAAGUGUCGAUCACCUACUUCACGCCGACACAGUUUGCGCUGCUGAUGGAGCAUGCGACUGAAAAGCUUCAAAACCUGCGGGACUAUCGGAUUGCCUACUUUGCCGGCGAGAGACUGCCCCUCCGUGUCACCCGGGCCUUCUACGACUUGGGCACCCCAGCCGUCGUGUAUAACACCUGGAGCCCGAGUGAACUUGUGGUCCAGACGACCAUUCAGCGUGUUGACCGGCCCGGCGAGAGCACUACCAAUAUUCCAAUUGGAUAUCCCAUGGCCAAUUCCCCGCAUUACAUCUUAGAUGACCGCGGCAAACCUCUUCCAGCUGGGGUUGUCGGCGAGAUUGUUGUCGGGGGUGCGCAAGUGGGCCUAGGAUACAUAAAUCGCCCCGAGGCUAACGCGAAAGCCUUCCUCCCGGACCCAUUUAGCUCGCCAGAAGACAAAGAACAGCGCGGAUGGACGCGCAUGUUUCGAACAGGGGACCGAGGUCGAUUCCUCCCCGGGGGCAAUCUCGAGUUCCACGGCAGAAUUGCAGGAGACAAGCAGAUCAAGCUGCGUGGCUACCGAAUCGACUUGGGCGAAGUGGAGCAUCGCCUGUUCGUCGAAGCGAACAAGGAUCCUGCCGGACCAGGAGUCAUCGACUUGACUGUGAUCGCUCGGACAGUGGUAGCGGGCGACGGUGCCGGGGAUGACCGUCAGCUUAUCGCCUUCGUUGUGCCAAAGCAGCCCUUGGGCCGACUACAAGAAGCAGAAUUCGCCGUCCGACUGAACAAAUAUGGAGUCGAGCAUCUGAACGCGUACAUGCUACCCAGCGCGUAUCAGUUCCUCGAGGCUCUACCCGUCACGAUCGGAGGCAAAAUCGACAGGCAAAGGCUCCUCCACGGAGAUCUGCGUCUAACUUAUCCCGUGGAACAAGACCUUGGCAAGACAGAUCACGCCAGCACCAGUCACUCCGAUGGAGAAGAUACAAACAACAUUCUCAUGGCGGUUAUGGACGGCUUCCGCGAGGUGUUGAAACUUCCGCGGGAGCGAGUUUUCCUGCCCAGUGACAGCUUUUUUGCCCUCGGAGGAAACAGUAUCCUGCUGGUCCGGCUGCAGGCUCGCCUGAAGCGGGCACUUAAGAAGCCUCUCGCCCUCAAUCCCAUGUUCAAAACACCAACUCCACAGGGGAUUGCGCAGAUUUUGGGCGGCACGACAAGCUCGGCCGCGCCCGCUGCGACGCGACCGGAGGUCAAUUGGGACGAAGAGACCAGUCUCGACCUGCAGCUGCAGCCUGCCAAAGCGCCCGCCAUCGCUUCCACUGACGUGAGCUCCAUCCUCAUCACGGGCGCCGACUCGUUUAUUGGCGUUCAUACGCUCGCGACCGUCCUGCAGGACCCCGGCAUCUCUACCGUGUACAUUCUCGGGUCGCAGAAGCCCCUCGAGUAUUCCGACGUCGAAAGGGCGUUUGAGCUUUACCGACUGUGGUCCGUCGUCCCCAGUCCCGAGCUCGUUGCAUCUCGCAUUAUCUGCGUGGCCGGAACACUGGAGUCCCCUCGUUUCGGUCUGUCGCCGGCGCAGUUCCGCCGUUUGGGCAGCCGGGUGCAGGCCAUCUACCACCUGGGCGGGUAUGUCUCCCUGCUGCGAUCUUACGACGCGCUCCGGCCGCUGAAUGUCUCGCCGGUGCGGGACGUGAUCGAGCUGGCCAGUCUUGGAGCCGUCCAGACACACAUCCAUCACUUGUCGACCUGGUCCGUCCCUCAUCUCCAGACUUGGUCCACGUCCCAGCGCAGUGCGCCCGGGGAGACCAUCGCCAACGAAGUUCCCGCGGGACACUUCACUCCCGAAGCAAGCAACCGAUUCGGAUACUUCAAGUCUCGAUGGGUCGCGGAACGAUUGAUGGAGAAAGCCGCCGAGCGCGGUUUCCCCGUCACGAUAUACCGGGCAUCCGCCGCGACGGGCCAUCGGACCACAGGAAUCCCGGAGCCCAAAGACGAUUUCAUCCGGACCAUGAUCCUGAGCAUGGUGCGCGCCGCAGUGGUGCCGGAUUUGCCAGACACCGACCGGCCGUUUAUGGCCGACUUCAUCCCGGUGGAUUACCUGACACAGGGGUUCCAUGCCUUGGCGACGAAUGAAGCUCAUCCUCCACAGGAGACCUCAGCGACAAUCCAUCAUCUAUGCAAUCCAUCCCCCCUGCCAAUUUCCCGUAUUCCCGAGUUUGUGGGGCGCCUGCUCGCGCAAGGCGAUCGUGAAGGACGGGUCGUGCCCGUGGCGGAGUGGUUGGAAACGGUGUCUCGCUUGGAUGAUUCGUCGGACGCGCAGAUUCGCUGGGAGGUGCUGAAGGAGUAUUUCAACCUGGGGCAUAACAUGUUCGCGCUGGAGUCAGCUCAGACUCGGCAGAAGUUGGGACGGCUGGGGGUGGCGGAAUGCGCGCCGAUGGGCGAAGAGUAUUUGCGGAAUAUGCUGGCGACCGACGCGGCCAACGCGCAGUGAGCGUAGUGAAUGAUUGGCGGUCGUGAAAUGGAACAGAAGUGAAACUGGAGGAAAAAAUGCUUGGCUGGACCAGGUACAUUGGGAUGGUUUUCUUUGUUACGGAUCAAAAGAUUGUAUGUAUUUCAUUGAGGGAGAUUGCCAGCAGCUCCUGGCGGGGAAUCUGCUGGUAGGACAUCUAGACUGGAAUAAUGACAUUGUGUUUUUGAUUGGUCUGUUUGUUUAGCAACUGUAUGGCCGCACCUGCGAUGAGACGUGAAUUAUUCGAUUGACGGGGAUGGAGAACGCGUGGAAC